GCGGCGCCCGUACAAUUCUCCCAAGCUUCCCAGCAGCCACCAGCUUCAUUCGUUCAGGCGUCCCCUCAGCCAGCGCCUUCACUCGUUCAGGACAACAUGAACAACCAACGUGAAAAGGUAGCAUCUCCUAAACCGCUCGAAAUAUACUGUGGUCCUUCCUCUACCUACCUACCAUAUAUGGUCAGCAGUCCACAAGACAGGCCAGCGUCUACUCAGUUCUCUCCUAACUACGCUAUGGUGGAAAAUGGACAUGAGAACGGUGUGAUGAAAGUAUUGCCACAAUCUUCAUACAAUGGCUAUUACCAAUUAUGA